AUGACACAAAUAACAUAUGGCCAUGUGUUCCACGACAUCGCAAUCUCGGGUCAUGCCAGAGCUAUCUUCGGCGACGUUCACGUCAGUUGUCCUGACUUUCUCGAGCACCUUACUCCCAUCCAGAAACGGAAGGCCUUGCUCAAUGCACUGUUCUACGAAGAUAUGCACCGUCGAUCUGCGCACAUCGAAAAUGCCAGGCCCAAAACAUGCGAUUGGAUCUGGUCAACCGCAUUCGCAGAUUGGCUUGCCGAACCACAUCCCAAUACCUUGUUCUGGAUCUCAGGUAAGCCAGGGUCUGGAAAAUCUACGUUGAUGAAGCACCUCUCUACCAGUAAAGAAACUCGGUCUAAAUUACCAGGGACGUCAACCGGAGGGAAAGGAUGGUCGAUCUCACACUUCUUCUUCGAUUUCAGAGCGGCUAAAGGAACGCCAAAUACUGAGCAAGGUCUGCUGAGAUCGCUCCUCUACCAAAUCACUAGCGAGUUACCGCUCGAGCGCGAUGUUCUGGCAAAAUAUGAGCUGACUUUGGAGCAGAUAUUGUCCUCGCAACAAGCCGACAAAAUGAUCGACAUGCUUGCGGAAGUGAUCAGAUCCGAGAAAUUAAAUGUGCUCUUCUUCGUCGACGGACUUGACGAGUACGAACACGACAUACGAGAGCUUAUUCGAUUGCUAGAAGAAGUGCGUUCGCGGACGAAAUUGAGGCUCUGUCUCGCCAGUCGGCCGGAACCUGCGAUACAGGCUAUGUUGAAUGCGGUCCCUCAGAUCAAGGUACAGAAUUUCAAUGCAUCUGGAAUCGAGGUCUAUGUUAGAACCACAAUCAAGGACCUGAGGACAAAUGUGAACUAUGACCAAACAAUACCGAUUGAGCCAUCCAUUACCUAUAUCCUGGACAAAGCUGAAGGCGUUUUCCUGUGGGUUCAUUUUGCUGUGAACACCUUUCUCGAGUGCCUCGUGAUAGGUUGUGUCGAAAGUGAGAUCAGAGGUGCUCUCGAGCUUUUACCAACACAGCUCGACAAGAUGUAUGACCGUCUUUUCGAACAAGUGCCGUCAGUGUGCAGGAACGAAGCCUCCAUGGUGUUACUUCUGGUUGAGAGUGCCUCGCAUGUGGUUGAUCUAGUCAUGUUGCACAGGUUGUGGCUCUUUCUAUACACUACUCUCGGGCUUGGUCCUACAGACUAUGAGAAGCUUUCCCUAACCCAAUUUCAGCUUCGUUUGAGAGGAUUUCUUGGUGGUCUGCUUGACUUCGAGAUAUGUAUUGACGAUUUUCAGAACGACUUUAGCAAGAGUGUGACUGAUAUGCACAAUCAAACAGUCCGAGUCCGCCUGCUUCACGAAACACUUCGGGCAUAUAUGAGAGACCGAUCGCAACUACAAGAGUGGAGACACCCAAAACUGUCGUCACUCUAUCACGACAACGCCUGGUUACGAGUUUACACGGAGGUCCUCGACUGUGCGCAUUCUUCCCUGCAGCGUCCAGCAUGGGACAUUGUCUGCGAUGUCGAACAGCAAUACAAGCUCGAACGAAUCUCGAAGCCGCAGCCGUGGCGGGCAGCUCGUGCAAAGUUCUUGUCUUAUACAAGUGAGGUCAAGUCUUCUUCCGAAGAGGACUAUCACAACAAAGUCACGAAUCUCAUGCUUCCGUACGCUGUACUCAAUCUCAUGACAGUUGCGACUGCUACUGCCGUGACCGAGGGCCCCUUGUUUGAAAGCUAUUCGAGAGCAUUGCAAAACCCUAUCGUGUUAUUGUUUGAUACAUUGCAAGGUUCGAGGGUGCAGAUUGGUCUCUCCAUGAAAUACAGGGCUGAACCUUCAAUUUGUGACUUGGCGCUUGCUGCAGCUAGAGCAUGGACCUUAUACUUCAAAGCACAUCGAGAAAGAUUACGACCACUUUCUCGCGUUCAGAUCAGAUAUCUAAUCGUUUGCGCGUGUGGUGGCAGCACAACUUUUGACUCGAGUCAACCCGCCAAAGUGUAUUCAGGGAUUUUUAGAGAUGACACUAUAACAAUACUUGAUAUGCUGUUCGAAGCUGACUCUAGUAUCGAUAACACCCAUGUGGCGUUCCUAAUGCAAAGCCAGUUUUCCGAAAGAGUUGCCCCUUUACUAACAACACUGGAAAAACUCUACAAGCAGUCGAGUGAAAGUUCGCCGAAGACUUCGAUAGAGCUACGGCAAUCCGACUGGAGCAAGUUCACACAUUCUUUGUCCCAUGCUCACGGAGUCGACCUCAUCGAGUUCUGGUUGCGUCAAGAUCAACCUAUCAAGGUCUUUGAUUUGUGGCUCGCAUUCUUCAGAUCCGUUGGUUUCAAUCUGCAUGAAUGGCAGGACAAGGCUGGGAACAACGCGAUACUUCAUGUUUUGGAGACGUUUAGAUUCGAUAAUGCGAAUCUUUGGGUGACAGCCGACAUCGAUAUCAAUGUUUUCACCAUCCAAAAAGCAUUGUCGUUAGAGGAGUUUGGACUCAGAUUACCUAUCUGGACUCCAGCUGGAAGAUCAAUGUUUGACAAACUGCGCGAGACAUGUAAUACCUUUGUCAAGGGCAUCUCACAAUAUACAUAUGCCGACUGGCAUGGUAAGAAGGUAUACCCAAAUGCAGUUUCGGCUCUCGCGAAAGAUCUGAAGCAAUUUCUUCGUGUCGCCAAAAGUCGAAAAAGGGAACUUCCAAUGGUCACCAACGACGCUCCAUCUGUCAAGGUAGAGCGUCCGUUGGUCGAAGUAGAACCUCGGACAGGAGGUACAGCUGGUCAGUCGAGUGAAGUAGACCGUGGCGACCAGGAACCAGGCAAAGCAAUUGCUAGGGCCACGAGCCUCUCGGACAUACUCCUUCUCAAAGCAGAUAACCUCGCUUCGCCAGCAAGCCAGACUACUGGGAAACCCUCGUCUUCCUCAAUAGAUGACCUGAUUCAAGAUAGCGACGAAGACAAUGCAGAAGGCGUGCCAGAAGUGCCGCAAAACGAGGACGAAAGCUCGGGAUCCCUAUCACAGGACUUCAACGAUGGUUUGUUGAAAGUUCAGCAAGGGCAUACGUCUGGAGGUACACCUCUGAGGGACGAACGAAGCCACUCGCGAUCUCCCAGUGCGCCCCAGCAAUUACCUGAGCUUCAAGUCACUUCCGCCGAAAGUCCUCGAGAGCACGAAGGCUUGCAGGGAAAUGCUAGUCCUGAUCAGUUCUCCCGACCACUGAGACCACGUAAGUCAAACCUAUGGGCAGCCCUAAGGCGGUUGCGACCUAAGAGUAUCGGAUGA